AUCGCAGCGAAAAUUCAAUUUCCCGCUCAAGUAUUUCGGCCGUUUAAAGUUCUCUCCUACGGAACCUGAUUCCUCUGAGAUGCUUGCUUUUUUACCGUUGAGAGUAGUAGGAGGCCGCAUUCUCAAGUGUGUGUAAUAAGGAAAGAUCAAGAAACCCCCCAGUUGAGUUUGAGUGAAGACACCCCCCCUCCCCCCAACUCUUCGCUCCUCUAUUUUUCUUUUCAAGAUUGUGAGUCUAAACUGAUGGGGAUACAGAUGGACUCGACGCCCACCGACGAUCCAAUGACCGACUCCACUCCUCCGGCGUCCCGAGCUCCUAGGCUAUUUAUCAAAGAGAUGGUGAUGAGGAAUUUUAAAUCUUAUGCGGGCGAACAGCGUGUUGGCCCUUUUCACAAGAGUUUCUCGGCGGUGGUCGGUCCCAAUGGAAGUGGGAAGAGCAACGUCAUCGAUGCAAUGCUCUUUGUGUUCGGGAAACGAGCCAAACAGAUGCGACUGAAUAAAGUGUCCGAGCUUAUACACAACUCCACCAACCAUCAGAAUUUAGACAGUGCUGGUGUUUCGGUUCACUUUCAGGAGAUUAUUGAUUUGGAUGAUGGGGCUUAUGAAGUUGUCCCUGGAAGUGAUUUUGUGAUUACACGUGUGGCAUUUCGGGAUAACUCCUCUAAGUAUUAUAUCAACGAUAGAGCUAGUAAUUUUACAGAGGUCACCAAGUUGUUGAGAGGGAAAGGUGUCGACUUGGAUAACAACCGCUUUUUGAUUCUUCAGGGUGAAGUGGAGCAAAUAUCACUAAUGAAGCCAAAGGCACAGGGCCCCCAUGAUGAAGGAUUUCUUGAGUAUCUUGAGGAUAUAAUUGGAACAAACAAAUAUGUAGAGAAGAUUGAUGAAUCAUUUAAAGAGUUAGAAGCGCUUAAUGAAAAGAGGUCUGGUGUGGUUCAAAUGGUUAAGUUAGCUGAGAAAGAAAGAGAGAGCCUGGAGGGUGUCAAGAAUGAAGCAGAAGAUUACAUGCUUAAAGAAUUGUCCUUGUUGAAAUGGCAAGAGAAAGCUACCAAGCUAGCUUCUGAAAAUAAUGUUACUGAGAUGGCAGAACUGCAGGCAACCGUCUCAAGCCUAGAAGCAAAUGUAAACAUUGAAAGGGAAAAAAUUCAAGAAAAUACCAAAACAUUGAAAGAACUUGAAGCUUUGCAUGUGAAGUAUAUGAAGAGACAAGAGGAACUGGAUAGUGAUCUCAGGCGCUGCAAGGAUGAGUUUAAGGAAUUUGAAAGGCAGGAUUUGAAGCAUCGAGAAGAUUUUAAGCAUUUGAAGCAAAAGAUUAAAAAGCUUGAUGAUAAACUUGAAAAGGAUUCAACCAAAAUUGCUGAUCUGACCAAAGAGUGUGAAGAGUCCACAAAUUUGAUUCCUCGCCUUGAGGAAGACAUUCCCAAGCUACAGAAACUUUUAGUGGAUGAAGAGAAAAUCUUGGAAGAAAUUAAAGAAAAUUCUAAAGCUGAAACAGAAGUUUUCCGAAGCGAGCUUGCUGAUGUUCGUACUAAACUAGAACCAUGGGAAAAGCAAUUGAUUGAACACAGAGGAAAACUGGAAGUUGCUUCAACUGAGAAAAAACUUUUAAUUGAAAAGCAUGAAGCAGGUCGGGCUGCUUAUGAAGAUGCGCAUAGACAAAUUAAUGAAACACAUAAAAGAAUUGAGACAAAGACCUCAAGUUUAAAGGAUAUCCAAAAUAAGCUAGAGAAGCUCAAACUUGAAGCAUCUGAAGCUCAUAAAAUGGAGCAAACAUGCCUUGAAGAACAAGAGAGGCAGAUUCCUCUAGAACAGGCUGCUAGACAAAAGGUUGCCGAGCUUUUAUCGGUUAUGGAAUCUGAGAAGAACCAGGGAUCUGUCUUAAAAGCAAUACUUCAAGCUAAGGAAUCAAAUCUUAUACCUGGAAUUUAUGGCAGGAUGGGAGACUUAGGAGCCAUUGAUGCAAAAUACGAUACUGCAAUAUCCACCGCGUGUCCGGGACUUGAUUAUAUUGUUGUGGAAACAACGGCUGCAGCACAAGCAUGUGUUGAGUUGCUUCGUACCCAAAACCUUGGUGUUGCUACUUUCAUGAUUCUGGAGAAACAAGCCCAUCAUGUACCUCGAUUAAAGGAGACGAUUGUUACACCAGAAGGUGUUCCUCGCCUAUUUGAUUUGAUCAAGGUCCAGGAUGAGAGAAUGAAACUUGCCUUUUUUGCUGCCCUAGGGAACACAAUUCUCGCUGAAAAUAUUGAUCAGGCAACUCGCAUUGCUUAUGGUGGAAAGAAGGAAUUCUGGCGUGUUGUGACACUUGACGGUGCUCUUUUUGAAAAGUCUGGUACUAUGACUGGUGGGGGAGGUAAGCCACGUGGAGGUAAAAUGGGGACGUCUAUUCGUGCUGCCAGUGUCUCUGGAGAAGCUAUGGCAAAUGCUGAAAAGGAGCUAUCUGAUUUGGUUGAAAGCCUAAGUAACAUACGGAAGAAAUUGGCCGAUGCAGUGAAGCAUUAUCGGGAUUCAGAAAAAGCAAUUUCAUCCCUGGAGAUGGAGCUCGUGAAAAGCCAAAAGGAGGUAGACAGCCUAAAGUUGCUAUCAAGUGACCUAGAAAAACAACUAGAUUCUCUGAAGGCAGCAUCAGAACCACUGAAGGAUGAGGUGGAUAGGCUAAAGGAACUAGGAAACAUCAUUUCUGCUGAGGAGAAAGAAAUCGAUAGGCUUAUGCAAGGGUCAAAACAGCUGAAGGAGAAGGCUUUGGGGCUUCAGAAUAAAAUUGAAAAUGCUGGCGGAGAAAGACUGAAAAACCAGAAGUCUAAAGUUAACAAAAUUCAAUCUGAUAUUGACAAAAAUAGCACCGAGAUUAACCGCCGCAAAGUUCAAAUAGAAACAGGUCAGAAGACAAUCAAGAAACUGACAAAGGGGAUCGAAGAGUCCAGAAAUGAGAAAGAACGGCUUAUGGGGGAAAAGGAGAAAUUAGGUUCCACCUUCAAAGAAAUUGAACAGAAAGCUUUUACCGUUCAGGAGAAUUAUAAGAAAACGCAGGAGUUAAUUGAUCAACACAAAAAUGUACUGGAUCAAGCUAAAUCUGACUAUGAAAAACUCAAGAAAAUUGUGGAUGAGUUGCGGACAUCUGAGGUAGAUGCGGAGUACAAGUUACAAGAUAAGCGGAAAGCCUGUAAAGAGGUGGAAAUCAAGGGGAAAGCUUACAAGAAAAAGCUUGAUGAUCUACAAGUUGCUCUCUCAAAGCACAUGGAGCAGAUUCACAAGGAUUUGGUGGAUCCAGAGAAGCUUCAAACAGUAUUAACAGAUGUAACUCUUGGUGAAACAUGUGACCUUAAGAGGGCUCUUGAGAUGGUGGCACUUCUUGAAGCUCAACUGAAAGACAUGAACCCAAAUCUUGACUCAAUCUCAGAGUACCGGAAAAAAGUGAGCUUGUACAAUGAGCGAGUUACUGAUCUUAACUUAAUUACUCAACAGCGUGAUGAUGUAAAGAAGCAAUAUGACGAAUGGAGGAAGAGAAGGUUAGAUGAAUUCAUGGCUGGUUUUAACACAAUUUCAUUGAAACUGAAAGAGAUGUAUCAGAUGAUUACACUGGGAGGUGAUGCGGAGCUCGAGUUGGUAGACUCCUUGGAUCCCUUCUCUGAAGGUGUUGUCUUCAGUGUCAGGCCACCCAAAAAGAGCUGGAAGAAUAUUGCCAACUUGUCAGGAGGCGAAAAGACACUGAGCUCAUUAGCACUGGUGUUUGCCCUCCAUCACUACAAACCAACUCCACUUUAUGUGAUGGAUGAGAUUGAUGCUGCUUUAGAUUUCAAGAAUGUCUCAAUUGUAGGGCAUUAUGUAAAAGACCGUACUAAGGAUGCACAGUUCAUUAUUAUAAGCCUCCGGAAUAACAUGUUUGAGUUGGCUGAUCGACUUGUGGGAAUCUAUAAAACUGACAACUGCACCAAGAGUAUAACUAUCAACCCUGGGAGCUUUGUGGUUUGUGAGCAGGCGUCGUAAGCUUUCUGCUUACUGUUGCUGCUGUAUCAUAUGAAAUUGUUCGAAAGAAUGUGAAUUCAGUAUCAUGUUUAAUCUCUGACGGGUCUUGUGUAUUUAAGAAAAUAGAUAUGUAAGUUUGUUUGGUAGGUUGAUUCCUGCCUAAUUAUUCUCUAGUGGAUGUGUUGAGAUCAGAGAAUGUCUUGAUAACCAAUGAUCUUUCGUGUAAUCCAGUCAAUUCGCUAAUGAAUAUAUCGAUUGCCUUAACUUUGUUCAGUUCAAACAACUUCUCCAAUGUUUUGUAACUGUUCAUGUUGAGGAGGAACAAGUUGUUA